AUGUCUCACACGAUCUCCAAGGCUAUCAAAUUUGAUCCGCUCAAGAACAAACUGCUUACCGUUGGUGCUGGAUGCUACUGGGGUACCGAACACAUGUACCGGAAGCACCUUGCGGAUAAGAUGGUUGACUGCAAAGUUGGGUUUGCAAACGGUAACGAGGCUAAGCAGGAUUCUGCAGAUGGCAUCUCAUAUAAACGAGUGUGUUCUGGGGACACUAACUUUGUUGAAGUUUUGCAGAUCUCAUACGAUCCUCAUGUCGUAUCGUUGAGCGAACUUGUUGGGUUUUUCUUCCGGAUCCACGACCCGACGACUUUGAACAGUCAGGGCCCAGAUAUGGGGACCCAGUACCGUAGUGCGCUGUAUGCUCAUUCGUCCGAGGAUUUGAACGAGUUGGAGGCACUGAAGAAGGAAUGGCAGGGGAAGUGGCAGGGGAAGAUUGUUACUGAGGUGGAGAUGAUCAAGAACUAUUACGACGCUGAGGAAUAUCAUCAGAUAUACCUGGAUAGGAACCCUGAUGGGUACGCCUGUCCUACACACUACUUGAGAGACUUGUAG